UGGCCAGAAAGGCGAUGGGCGGUUCUAUGAUUGGCUGGUGUGGUUAGCAGAAGUUCUGUCCGGUUGUUUCCCUCUGUGUGCUUUGGGAGAGAGAGAGAAGGUUCGUGUGAGCAUGUGGCGCCUGGUUUGUUGUAAAACACCUAAGUCUGUUUGCUAAGAUGAUUGAAUUUGGUGAUGGCAAUAAAGGCAUCAAGCCUGCUUCCUAUGAAAGGAUAGUUCUCAAGAAUGCUUCUGAGUACCACUAUCUAAAGAUUCACUUGGAGCUUCAAGAAGCUGAUGUUAGCCUAAAUGCUGUAGAAUUCAAACAACUUAUUAUCUCUGCUCUGAAACGGCUUCAUGGUGAGGUUGGUGCAGCUUUGCCUGUUGAUAUACUGACAUAUGAGGAAAAAACCUUGUCUGCAAUACUUAGAGUAGCUAAUGCUGGCCUGGUAAAGCUGUGGAGUGCUCUGACGCUGUUUGGUUCUUAUCAGAACGGAAAGUGUGCAUUUAGGGUGAUGCAGACCUCUCCAUUUCUUCUUGCGUUAGCUGGGAACAGCAGAGAGCUGGUACUGGAUUAAACACACACAGAAGAGCUUGUGAAAAGCCAGAGUUGUCUAAGACGCUAAUAGUGUUGCCGAAAUGCAGAUUUUUAUAUGUGAGACUCCAGAGAAGAUUCCUGACAAAGCCAAACAUUACCAUUCCACUCAUUCAACCUUCUGUUCAGCAUUUGCACAUACAAAUUGGAGACAAGGCUGCACUAACUAAGACGUUUACACAGAUGGAUGUUACCUUUUCUGAGUUAACAGGGGACAUAAACCCAUUGCAUCUGGAUGAAGAAUAUGCAAAUAAUAAUAAUAAUAGAAUUUUAUUUAGCAGACGCCCAUCUGUCCGACUGAACGGACACUCUGGGCGACGUACAAUAUAAAAUACAAUAUAAAAUACAAUCUGCUCAAGAGAUCAAGAUU